CUGCAAUGGUCAAAGUGAUGAUAUAUUGGCUCCCGUGAGGGACUUUGUCAUUUUAAAUGAACGUGGUUGGUAUUUCAACUCACUGGAGCUACGUAUAAAACUAAUGAAGACAAGUUGUCAGAGUUGAUUGGCUUCCCAUACUACAGAGGAUAGCUGUCGUAUUUACUUUUCGGAAGGUCUAUGUAGGCCAUGGGACAGCAGGUCAGUGUUGAAACCUUGACUACAAGAGAUACAGAUAAAACCAGUCUUUAUUGGUGUAGCUUCGAACCAUAUCCACAUAAAGUGGGAAAGCGUAAACUAACAUACCUCGGAGUUCUAAACGGAGAAGGUCCAAGAAAAGGAGAGAAAUGUAUGGUAAAGGCAUUCCGAAAUGGUUGUGGCACAUAUGAAGAUUGGUUGGCAGAACGAGAAAGAUCUCAUCAUGCAAACCAAACCGCUAGGCGAUUCCAAAAGGAACUUGAAACACAAGGAAAAACUGCUAAGAUGCAUUUCACAAUUCCAUUAAUGGUAGAAAUCGAUGAAGUGUCGAACUAUAUGUGCGUGUCCUUUAUUGUUGGAAAACCACAUAAGAAAAUGAGAGAACUAGAGGUUGUGUCGUUGGAACCUUAUUACGAAAACGACUUUAAAGUUUUCAAAUCUGACAAAAUGCGUUCGUUUGAAACGACAUUAUGUGAGGCUUUUACACAUUUUAGUUGGUAUGACAGUAAUGGGGAAAUAGUUGUUACAAGCCUGAAAGGUGUUCGGAAAAUGAACCAGUAUGACUUCACAGUACCUAUCAUUCAUUCAAAAGAAAGAACGUAUGGUGCAACUGAUCAUGGGUCAAAGGGCAUUAAAGAUUUCUUCCGUGAGCAUCAGUGCAAUGAAAUAUGCAAUAACUGGCCGCGGCCAGAUCGUAUUUCAGUUAAUACUGAAGAUGUAGAAAAGAGCACUCUAGAGCGCUUCCAAAUCCAUCCACAGGAAUCAAUCAAACCAAAAUUCGGGUACAGCAAUAAUGUUUGGAAUCCAGAACUCCAUCGCUUUUAUAUUCAAAAUAUAAAUAAAGAUGAAACUGUGCACUGCCAAAAAGAACAGAAUUGUUUCUGCGAAUACUUCCGGUUACCCUGUCAACAUAGUAUAAGCCAUAACUCUGCUUUUAUUUACAAUAAAAAUCAACCGAAAGAUGGCAUGGGAAACUUUUUGUAAUUUGUUAAAUCAUUCGUCAAAAAUUUCAAAAUCAAAGUUUGAAUUUCUUCAAUGUGCUGGUCGCAUUUUCCAGUUGUGCCAUUUGGAAUAUGAAGAUAUCGGAGGAAAAAAACUUGCUAUUAUUCAUGCUUAAACGUAACUUUUGAUACCGAUUUUCAAACUAUUAGUGUGAGCUUAGAUUUUGCAGAUAUUUUUUAUGGUGUACUCGUAUACAUAUUGUCAUCACGGGUAAGAAAUUAAAAUGAAAGUCAGGUCUGCAGGACACCACAGAUUUUUGUCACUUACUAUGAAGAGCUUUUUUAUUUAAUCAGAUACCAGGUCAUAUAAAAUUAAGAGUAGCUUGGAAGAUUUUUUUAAACCCAAGAAAAGGGAAAGUGGUCGACAGAAAUGUCGAGGUCUGAAUAAAUACUUCAAUUAUAGUUUAAAAUACGAUAAUCUCAUAUAUCAGUAAUAUAAUAUAACAGAAUACAAUCACGAAACUAAAUAGUCAGACUGUUAAAUUCUAUGAUUAAAAUGUAUCCAGAAUUUAAUGAGUUUCGUAAAAUAUAUGUGCUUGUGAAAAGCAGAUUUUACAGUUGCUUUCAAUUGAAGUUAACAAUAAAAAAGUGAGAGAGAAAAAACUAAAAUUAUUCCGGAAAUAGUUUCAAGGAAAAAUCUUAUAACACAAAGCAGGCCUGUGAAAACGAAAUAUGUAGACACUUACUAUUAAGCAUGUCUGUGUUAAGCUAUUUCUUUAAAUAUACAAAAAAUUACUGCAUAUUUCGAAUACUAAGUCUAGUACUUUUUUGAUGAUUUGAGAUGUAUCUAUACAUAUCAUUUUAUGUUUUAUAUGGUAAACCCCCUAGAGAAACCUCCAUUGAAAAUACGAGGAAAGCGAAUAAAAGGACCGUCCAUAAAUAAUGUUUUGUUUAUUUAUGUUAUUUCACUAUACUAUUUAUAUAUCUGUGGGAAUAAUGUUUUAAUAAUAUUACAUGUUAAACAUUUUACAAAAUACUGCACUUUACUUUUCUGAUAAGAGAAUAUGUUAUGUAGUCUUAAACCGAUAUUUUAUUUUCUGUAAUAUGAAACUUUUUUAAUUUUUUUUUUUUUUGUUAGAAUUUGAAAUAUCUAGGGUGAAACAUAUAAAUGUUCCAAUUAUUAUAUUGUCUAUAGAUAUAAUACAUUUUACGAAUCAAAGAUAAUAAUAAAAUAAAAUAGUGUUAUCAGGCGGCCCAUUGAAAUAUUAAUCUGUUGACUUCGGUUAUUGGUUAUAACCGCAUAACCACAUUGCAAUUCGUCACAAUCAAAGAAUUAACGAACGUUCGGAACUCAUUUACUAAUAGAUACUUCUCUCCCUCUACACCUCUAGUCAGUUAUCUUAAAGUGCUAUGUUUGAAUAUCUAAUUUGUUGUUAACCAGAAUAUUACAAUCUGUUGUUAUAUCAUAUAGCGUGUUGUGGUAUCCUCGAAAUGGUAUUGUUGUUACAUUUGUUUAGAAAUGCAUUGUUGAUUUUUAUAUGUACUGUUUUGUUGUCGACCGAUGAAAUGUACUAUUUUGUUGUUACUCAGAAAAUAAAUAUAUAUUAAACUAAAA